UUCUUUCUUUCUAAUUACUCUCUCUCUCUCUCUCUCUCUCUCUCUCUCUUACUCACCCGUUUUGUGCCGUUGGGCGCAAAAAGUAGUGUGUUUGUGUGCAAGUAUAUGCUUGCAGAGAUGAGCACAGCCGAGGUUCCUCCGAAUAUGACCAUAUACAUCAACAAUCUCAACGAGAAAAUCAAACUUGAAGAGCUGAAGAAGUCUCUAUUCGCGGUUUUCUCACAGUUCGGCAAGAUCUUGGAGGUUUUAGCAUUCAAGACUUUGAAACAUAAAGGCCAAGCUUGGGUUGUCUUUGAAGAGGUUUCCUCGGCCACCAAUGCUCUCCGGCAAAUGCAGGGUUUUCCGUUCUAUGACAAGCCAAUGAGGAUACAAUAUGCAAAGACAAAAUCAGAUGUGAUAUCAAAGGCUGAUGGUACUUUUGUUCCAAGGGAAAGGCGAAAGAGGCAUGAUGAUAGAGCUGAGAGAAAGAAAAAAGAACAGCAUCAUGAUGCUAAUCAAGCAGGGAUGGGUUUAAAUUCUGCUUAUGCCGGUGCCUUUGGUGCAACACCUCCUCUUUCACAAUUACCAUACAUGGGAGGGGCAAAGUCUGUUCUUCCAGAGGCACCUGCUCCACCGAAUAACAUUUUGUUUGUUCAAAAUCUCCCUGCUGAUACGACUCCCAUGAUGCUGCAAAUGCUGUUCUGCCAGUACCCCGGGUUUAAGGAGGUUAGAAUGGUAGAAGCAAAGCCAGGAAUUGCUUUUGUUGAGUAUGGAGAUGAGAUGCAAUCAACAGUUGCAAUGCAAGGUCUACAGGGUUUUAAGAUAACCCAACAGAAUCCAAUGCUCAUUACCUACGCAAAGAAAUAGACACAGGGCUUGCCUUGGGAGAUGUCUGGCCUUUUGCUAGUCCUAUUUGAGAACAAGGCUGCAUUCAGAGUUUCACCAACCAGGAUACAGACUGCUCUAAACUAUUAGUCUUAAGGGAGAUUAUAUAUGUUUCCUUUUUUAGAAUUUUAUUUUUGGUUACUUUUUUAAAUGAAACUUGAUUGGAAAAUGUCCAUGUAGCAUGUAUUAUUGUUAGUCACUCUUGAUCUCUUUUUCCUCA